AUGGAUAAUUAAGGAUUCGAUUCGGAAUUAAGAACUUAUUACAAUGAUGUAAAAACUUAAAUUAAAAAUGAACACUCAGAAUACAUUAAAAAGCAUCCAGAAUUACGUGAAAUUUUGAAUGAUUUUCUUUCAACAGUAAUGCUUGAAAAACCUUAGGAUGUUUAUGAAUAUGCAUAACAGUAUUUCUCAUAUUUUAACAUUGAAAAGGAUAAAAUUUUACUCAAACCUAUCAUUAUUUCUGGUCCUUCAGGUGCAGGAAAAGGAACAUUAAUUAAUAUGAUUGUUCAGUAACAUAGUGAUAAAUUUUAAAAAUCAAUAAGUUAUACAAGUAGAAAGCCAUAACGUGGAGAAACUCAUGGGGUUGAAUAUUAUUUUGUAUCAAGAGAAGAGUUUGAAAAAGAAAUAGCUAAAAAUUCAUUCCUUGAAUUUUGUGUUUAUCAAGGAGAGUAUUAUGGAACACAUAAAGGAAAAUUAGAAUCUAUAAUAUAAUCUUGCAAGAUUGCUAUACUUGAAAUUGAUGUACAAGGAGCAAAAAAGGUUCAUAAAGAACAUCCUGAAUGGAAUUAUUUAUUCCUUAAUGCACCAAGCUUAGAAGAACUAGAAAAAAGAAUGAAAGCUAGGGGAUCUUAGCUUACUGAAUUGUAAAUAGAUGAAAGACUUAAAAUUGCAAUUAAAGAAAUCGAUGAGAGUAAAAAGUUAGGUUUCUACUAAAAUCUUGUCAAUGAUGAUUUAGAAGAAUGUGUAGAAUAAUUUAUUAAAAUACAAAAAACUAAAUACAAUGAUAUCAAAUGGUGA